AAUUUAAUUUAGAAAUGGAGGGAAUAAGUGGUAGAAUCCUUUGUGAUUAAUUAAUACAUUAAUUAUCUAGAUCAUGUUUCAGCAACUCCUCUCCCCAUGUAUGUCUCGUGAAUUCGUGAUCCUUAAGUUCUAAACAAAACAAAACAAACGUCUCUAUUUCACAUUCCUAUGCACCCAUCCUACUAAACUCUCCAUCCCAUCCCCUCUCUCCACACUCAACAACAAUUAUAUACGCCGACAAUUCAAAAAUAACAAAAUCACACGUCAAUCAGUGUUAUCAAUCCUUACAUAAUCUAUUUCAAUUCCGCAUUUUCUUAACCUCUAAUUCUCUCUCCUCGAUUUUUCCAAAGUGAUCACUAAAUAAACAGGCAGAAAUGUACAAAAACACACUGCUCAUCAUAAUCCUAUUCUUAACGGCGACCUUCGCCGGCGCCGACGAUUUAGUAACAUGUUCAGAAAUCGUUCCGAUGCGGAACCGCUACGAUAAGAUAUCGAUAACGGAUUUCGGCGGUGUCGGUGACGGUAAGACGGUGAAUACCAAGGCGUUUAGGGAGGCAAUAUAUAGGAUAGAGCAUUUGGGAAGAAUUGGGGGUUCGUUGUUGUAUAUACCGCCGGGUGUGUAUUUAACUGAAAGGUUUAACUUGACUAGCCAUAUGACUCUUUACUUGGCUAGUGGUGCUGUCAUCAAAGCUACUCAGGAUACUUCAACUUGGCCACUAGCUGAUCCAUUGCCUUCUUAUGGAAGAGGGAGGGAGCGGGCGGGAGGGAGGUACAUGAGCUUCAUCCUAGGGGACGGGGUCCAAGAUGUCAUAAUUACCGGUGAGAAUGGAACAAUUGAUGGUCAAGGAGACAUUUGGUGGAACUUAUGGAGAAAAAGGACUCUUCAAUAUACCAGACCACAUCUUAUAGAAUUCAUGAAUUCCGAAGACAUCAUUAUUUCUAAUGUGAUAUUAAAAAAUUCUCCAUUUUGGAAUGUUCACCCUGUCUACUGCAGCAAUGUUGUUGUUCGAUAUGUGACUAUUUUGGCUCCACCUGACUCUCCCAAUACCGAUGGUGUUGAUCCAGAUUCAAGCUCCAAUGUCUGCAUUGAAGACAUGUACAUUUCAAAUGGUGAUGAUAUGAUAGCCAUAAAGAGUGGGUGGGAUGAGUAUGGACUUGCUUUUGGUCGCCGUAGCUCGGACAUCACCAUUCGAAGGAUAACCGGAUCAUCGCCAUUUGCUGGCAUUGCUAUUGGUAGUGAGAUGUCGGGUGGUGUGGAGAAUGUGUUGGCUGAACAUAUAAACCUUUUCAAUAUGGGAGUUGGCAUACAUUUAAAGACCAAUAUUGGAAGAGGAGGAUACAUAAGAAACAUAACUCUCUCUAAUGUAUACAUUGAAAAUGCCCGAAAAGGCAUCAAAAUUGCUGGUGAUGUUGGUGACCAUCCAGAUGACAAGUUUGAUCCAAAAGCUCUUCCUGUUAUUAGGGAUAUCAAAAUGAAGAGCAUAUGGGGCGAGAAGAUUUUACAGCCCGGACUGGUGAAAGGAAUAAAAAACGCCCCGUUUAUUAACAUCUGUCUUUCUGAUAUCAACCUUAAUGGCCCUUAUAAAGCGAGAACAAGACCAUGGGAGUGUUCUGAUGUCAAGGGAUCGUCUCUAAAGGUUAGCCCAUGGCCUUGCUCUGAACUAAUUGGCUCUCUUGAUGGCACCUGUUUCACUCACAUGUAAGUUCAGCUGCAUGUUGUAUCAAAAUGAACACUACUACUUUAGUACUCAUUAGUCUUGCAAUAUAAUAUCUUUUAAUAAUUUUUUAAUAAAAUUUGCUUGAAAUUUA